AUUCCCUUCGUGUUCAUCGCACAUUAAUCAUCAGCCAAAAUAUUAGAAUUUCUUUAUUCUCAUCCUUCUAAUUUCCCGGCCAUUAUUCAGUUCUUUCUCAUUUUAUUGCACUACAAAAUGUCUAAAUUAUUUGCUAUUGCAGUUCUUCUAUUUUUUGUGUUAAAUUCAGGUGGGGCUCAAAUCACAAAAGCACCUUCUCAAGCCCCAAUAUCUUCUCCUUCUAAAUCGCCGCCGGUAAAAUCUCACGUCCCGGUUUCUUCUCCGGCCUCUACCCCUGCGAAGUCUCCGAUGUCUUCAUCCUCGACUCCUAAAUCCAGUCCAUCUACUUCGCCGGUACAGUCACCGAUGGCGAGUUCUCCGGUGACUACCAUUUCUCCCGCACUCACUCCAUCUGUGGUGACUCCUCCGCCAGCAGCAACUCCGGUGACGACUCCAGCAUCUUCGCCGGCGGUAGCUGAGGUUCCUUCGGAAUCCUCAAGCAUUCCUUCAAGUUCAGCAACUCCAUCCGAAUCACCGGGAAUGUUUCCUUCUACCGGUAGCGAACCAACGUCGGCGCCGUCGAGUUUAUCGCCGGAGACUUCACAGGGUCCAGUUGCUGAUGAUGCUUCCGCUGCAGUUUCAGUUCUCGAGUUGCCGAUUGUUCUAAGUGGGCUUGCUGUUUGGGCUGCCCUAUCAUUUUGAAUGCCUCCGGCCCAAUACUGCGCACUACAACAUUUUGACAUGCUAUUAUUGAGUCUAUCAUAUUGUUGUAAUUUUUUAACACUGAUAUUCAUUCAAUGUACUGGACUGCUUUCUAUUUUUUUUCUUCUUAUUACUACUCACGAUUUAUACUUAUAGUGAAAUUCGAAUUCCUUAA